AGAUGCUGCUGUCGCUGGUGCUGCACACCUACUCCAUGCGCUACGUCCUGCCCGCCGCCGUCAUGAUGGGCACGGCGCCCACCUACGUGCUGGCCUGGGGCGCCUGGCGCCUGCUGUCCGCGCUGCUGCCCGCACGCUUCUACCGCGAGGUGGACGAUCGGCUCUACACCAUCUACCAGAGCAUGGUGCUCUUCUUCUUCGAGAACUACACGGGCGUGCAGGUAAUAAUCUACGGGGAUUUGCCAAAAAAUAAAGAAAAUGUAAUAUAUUUAUCAAACCAUCAGUGUACAGUUGAUUGGAUUAUUGCAGACAUGCUGGCAAUUAGGCAGGAUGCUCUGGGGCAUGUCCGCUAUGUCUUGAAGGAUGGCUUAAAGUGGCUUCCCCUGUAUGGGUGGUAUUUUUCACAG